UUAAUUCCAUUUAUCUUUCUGAAUAUAAAUACAUGCACUGAUUUGUGUGUGUGUGUGUGUGUGAGUCAUUGUAAAAGAAUUAGAGACAUGACACCCCCAGAGCUGUAUGCUUUUCUAGCAUCCACAAUUGGCAGUUUAAUGCUUUUCUGGCCUUUUUUCCGGCCAUACCUCCCAUAUUCACUUCAAAGCUUCAUUCAAAGUUACUGCCAGAGAUGGGUGGGUUCUCUUUCCCCUUACGUCCAUGUUACCUUCCAUGAGUUCAUUGGAGAGCGACUGAUGCGCAAUGAAGCUCACUCUGCUAUUCAAAACUAUCUCAGCUCUAGUUCCUCCAUGCACGCAAAGCGGCUCAGGGCUGAAAUGACAAAGAACAAGCAGUCCCUUAUUCUCAGCAUGGAUGAUUAUGAAGAGAUUACCGAUGAAUUUGAAGGAGCGAAACUCUGGUGGUAUUCUGGUAAGUCUAUUUCAAAUAAGCAGCAGCCUUUUUCUCUCUAUCCUUUUACAGAUGAGAAGCGGCAUUACAAGCUUACUUUUCACAAACAACACCGGGAUCUCAUCAUAGGACCUUAUCUGGAUCAUGUCUUAAAAGAGGGUAAGGAGAUUGAGAUCAGGAAAAGACAGAGGAAGAUGUAUAUGAACCAUGAUGGGAUGUGGAGCUCUGUAGUGUUUGAACAUCCAACAACAUUUGAGACGCUAGCAAUGGAACCAGAGAAGAAGCAGGAAAUCAUGGAGGACUUGAUCAGCUUCAGCAAAGCAGAAGAGCUCUAUGCAAGAAUUGGGAAGGCAUGGAAGAGGGGUUAUCUCCUUUAUGGUCCUCCAGGUACUGGAAAGUCCUCCAUGAUUGCUGCCAUGGCAAAUCUUUUAAACUAUGAUAUCUAUGAACUCGAACUGACUGGUGUGAAGGAUAACACUGAGCUGAGGAGGCUGUUGAUGGAUGUAUCAAACAAGUCUGUUAUGGUUAUUGAGGAUAUAGAUUGUUCACUUAAUCUCACCAAUCGGAGAAAGACAAUAAGAGAGGAAGAGGAAGAAGAAAUGAAGGAUCCAAAGCAAAACCCUCUUAAAGAUGAAAGAGAUUCAAAAAGUAGCCGGGUUACUCUCUCAGGGCUGCUAAACUCCAUUGAUGGGUUGUGGUCAGCUUAUGGGGGAGAAAGAAUUAUCGUCUUUACAACAAAUCAUGUUGAAAAACUAGAUCCAGCUCUGAUUCGGGAUGGAAGGAUGGAUAAAUAUAUAGAAAUGUCAUACUGUGGAUUUGAAGGAUUCAAGGUGUUAGCUAAUAGGUAUCUGAAACUAGAGUCACACCAUUUAUUUUCCAGGGUUGGUGAACUGUUACAAGAAGCCCAGAUGACCCCGGCCAAGGUGGCAGGGCAUUUGAUGCCAAAAACUAUAUCAGGGGAUGCUGAAAUCUGCCUGGAAAGUCUGAUCAAGGCUCUUGAAUUGGUGAAGGAGACGGCAGGACUGAAAGCCGAGAAAGAAGCAAAAUAGAAGGAAUCGUAUCUGAAAGAAGAAACAGGAGAGGGCAGAACAACUUUCAGAUCAAGAAGUGUAGAACGAGAAAAUUCAAGUCAAUAAAGAAAGAAAAUAAAAUGCACUGUCAAUGUUGUUGAUUGUUGAAAAUUUGUUUCCUUGGAUUUUGCUCUGCAAGUUAAGUGUGUAUGAACAUCGUAUUAUGUUUGUAGCAAUAAAAAGAUGGACAUUAGCGUUGCUUUCUCUCUCUGUUUGCCUGCCAUUAUGUAAUAUU